AUGCCCCGAAAUUAUACAAGAAAAAGAAUUAAAAUAAUAACUCCACAAGACUUAGCUGAAGCUAUCGAAAAAGUAAAAAAUGGACAACUUACGCAGUAUAACGCAGCCCAUCAGUAUAACAUUCCCGUGACGACCCUACAUGAUCAUAUUAAAGAAAGUAUAGCCAGCAGACCAAAUGCAGUUAGACCAACUGUUAUACCAUUAGAAGACGAAAAAAAAUUAGCCGAAUCUAUCAUUGUUAUGGAGAAAUGGGGUUUAAAAAAGCAUAUUAUUUCAGCAGAUGGACGGCGCUCCUUGGAGGCAGAAGCGCUCCUGUACAGCCGUCUUAGUUCUUGGCCUGCCCUGGUGGUGGCUGGCGGCGCUGCUGGUAGUUUGGCCGUCGUAUCGGCCAGAGGCAGGCUGAAAUGGCGUUUUAAUAAUCGUUGUGUUAACUGUACUAUUACCUUACGAAAUCCACGUAUUGUAUCACGAGGAGUGUUGGAACUAGAUACACCUAUACGUGAUCUCUUGAUAUCUUGGAUUUCACCUAUUGAGGUUUCAUCAGAAUACAGAGUCUGUGAAGAAUGCUUUGUUAUUGUUCAAAUUCAAGCUCAGAUGGAUGAACCUUGCCGAAAUUAUGGACACAGAUCAGUAUGUUUGGAAUGUGGUGUGUCCGUUCUACGAGCAAGAAGCAUUCCUAUGGGUAGUAAUCGUCAUGAGUGCACUGUAAUACAAGCAUGGGUGCCACAGAUUCAGGCAGACCUCCCAAUAUUUACAAGAGUUUGCAGACCUUGCUGGAGGAGAGCUAAUAGGGCGCAAGCAACAAGCACAGCAAGCUCACAACAAGAACUUGAUCAAAUCAGGCCUAUUUUUGUCGACUUUUACAUAGCUGGGGCCAUUAUUAACCAUUUUCAUCCAUUUUUAUGUGAUAGGACAAAUGCAAGAGAAAUUGUUGCUAAAGCUUUAAGCAAAUUAAAUGUCCCAAACUAUUUGGGACAGUAUGUUACACAGCAUAAUUUGAAUCGACAAAGAGUUAAUUUCCGAAAUAUUAGCGCCCAUUUACCUCACCUCUCCACUUUUCCUUGUUUAACUAUGAGUCAAUUAGAAAUGAUAUCAUUGGGCACUUAUCAAAUUAAACAGGCCCGUUCAUAUUAUGGCGAACAUGUCAGAGAUGGUGGAAUGUUUGUAGUCGAACUAAAUUCACAGUUGGAAGUGUCUGAGGAGGAAAAUAUUAAUGAAUUUUUAAUUUGAGGUCGCAUAUUCUCGCCAUUCAAGUAAGGUAUAUUAUACUUAAAUAACAUACAGUUCAUUAGGAAACACAGAAGAUAGUAUAACGGGCUGUUACUGUAAUUGUAAGUCAGGUAGUAGGACUGUUGGGUGCUGUUCCCAUGUAAUGGUUGUUAUAUGGUUUUUGUCAUGGGCUAGAUAUAAUCCAGAUAGUUUAAGUCCUGCGGCAUUUCUGGAUGACAUUUUGUUAAAUGAGGAAUAAAAAACUUCAAUGAUAUAAUAAUCAGUGUUUUAUUUCAUUACCUUAUUACUUUUAAAUAGUAGGGAAGGACAUUCUACCUAUUAUAGCAUGUAUCAAAAACUUAUCUUAUAUUUAGAAAAUCAUCUAAUUGUUUUAUGAAGUAUCAUCAUCACCAGCCUAUUAAUGUCCCCACUGCUGGGGCACAGACCUUACCUAUGGAUGAAAUAGGGAUUGGGCCAUGACCCACCACGCGGGCCCAGUGCGGAUUGGUGGGUGCUAACGACUGCAGAUACAGCCGGGGCCAACGGCUUACGUGCCUUCCGAAGCACGGAAGAGCUCGAGAUAAUAAGUUUUUGGUCACCCAUCCAAUGACCGACCAUUGCGAAAGUUGUUUAACUUCCACGAUCGCAGGUCGAAUGCGCUAUCUACCUGCGCCAUUAGGCUCCUCAUGAAGUAUAUUGUCCAUAAAAACUAAAAUGUCAUGCUAAAUAAAUGGUUUUAUUAUGAUAAAAUUCUGUAACACAAAAAAUACUAUAACUUGAAAACCCCGCUAUCUACAGCGCAAAAUGAUAUUUAUUCUUGUUGUAGAAUUAAAUACCAACACAGCAAUGCUAUUUUGAUCAAGACGCAUAGACUUUUACUUGUGGGGCAAACAAUGUAUGGAGCGUGGGACAUCUCCUUUCAAUCGGAUUUACCCAUGCAAUGCACCUUAUAUAAAUUUAUCUUCAGUGUUUUUAAUAUCGUUGUCAACAUUUACAUUCAUUAUUCAAUGCCUAUUGCGAUCAACCCAUUUUUUAUGAAAAGCUAAUAUUUGAGGUUAUUAAAAAAUAGCUAACAAGCAGCUAUUAUAAUAGUCGGGCAGAGUACGAGGAGAUUUCAAAGUUGUUCUGAAUCGUACUCGAGAGCUUAACGAAGUUCGAAAACCCUAUUAACUUGUGUUUUUGUGCAACUACCCGUUAACGUUCGUCGCCGUUAGUUGGUGGAAAUAAUAAUUAUUUCCGCAGCUUCACGGUAAUGAACUCUCGUUUUCAUUCAAUCUAUUUAGUGGUUUAUUUAAUAAGUGUCGCGGGUGCAAAUAUAAAUAAUAAUAAGUAAAUAUUUCCAACACUCACACCAAUAAGCCUAGCCCCAAAGUAAGCACUGUAAGGCUUGUGUUAUGGGAUCCUAGGGUAACGGAUAAAAUACAUAUACAGUACAUAUAUAAGUAUAUUUAUAUAGAAAUACAUUUUAAAAAUCCAUGACAGGAGUAAAAAUGCUCGUAUUCAUCACACAAACAUCUGCCCCCAGCGGGAUUCGAACCAGGGACCUCUCGAGUCGGCGACACCAUGAAACCCGGCGUACAAACCACUCGACCACGGAGGUCGUCAAAUAUAACAAACAACCAUACGCAUUGCAAAAAAUAACACAUUCAAAAGCACAUGUAAGCAUUAAGAAUAAUGUACCUAGUUGUAAUUAUCAAAGCCUUUGUUCUCACAUAUGAUAGAGAGUAUUUUUUAUUUGCCAAAAUAGGGACGUAUCUUAUUUACUUUCUUUUAAUUAAAUAUUGCCUUGAUACUUUGUCAAAUUUAUUGAUGUUUGAGCUCUUCGAAGAACAAAAACAGGCAACUAUUACAAUUAACUAUGUAUAGACCAAGAAGUUCAAAAUCUAGUUACUACAUCUGAGCAAAGCCUCUUGCGCUCGAUCUCAUAUCGUCAAAAGAUUUUCAUCUCCUAUUUCGAAACGGCCAACUUGAGUAGGUACGAAAUAUGAGUUGAUAUAUCGUUAUGAAAGAAUAUUAGACAUCAAAUCUAAAUAAAAGAAGUACAACCGAUACCGUCCAUUAUUUAAUCAAUGAAGCGAUUCAAACAUGCCUUGACGUAACCUCAAAAAUAAAAGUCAGUCAAGUGCGAGUCGGACACGCAAACGUAUCUUAGUAUACAAUGUAAGCUUGAUCGAACAAAACAAUUGACAACGAGUGCAAAAUCAUUUUAUUUUAUUUUAUAAGUAUCUGUGAGCAUUUUAAUAAUCUACCCGUUUCCGUUGAAAAAUAAAGUCUUGUGAUCAUCCUGUGACAGACAGUCAGCAGUGGCUUAUAUUCCGUUUGUCAAACUUUCAGCACGGAACACUUUAAAGAUAACCUGAUGAUGUCACAGCUCGUGUGCGAAUAGCACAUUAAUCAUGGCGACCCAUCAGUGCAUGCAGUGCAAACAAUGCAUAGGAUAAUAAUAACCAAUAGACUGCAUUAUGGCUGACAACGUGAACAACUCGACGCAAGCGACUCGUUACAGCCUCUUUGACUGCUCGCGCAUUUAAAGGAAAAAAAUAUUGUCUACUAAUAGGGAAGAUGCAAAUAUAAUAUUUAUGAAAAAUUUAUGAUUAAAAUGUUAAAAAAAUAUAAAAGAAAGGCCACUGCAACGUUUUUAUUUUACAUAAUGUUCUUUUUUAACAAUAAUUACGAAAUAAAAAUGACUUGGAUAAAACCUAUUUUAAAACACCAAUCAGCGUUUAGUGACGUCACUCCUGUUAUGAUAACUUAUUUGAGAUUUUGGUUAUAAAAGUGAAUAUUAUUUAAAGGGAAUAUUAAUUGCGUUUAUUUAAUAAAAAUGGAAGUUGGGUUUAUCAAAGCAGACUCCAGGAAUUUACCAAGAGUUAGUGUUGACAUAGUUGUUACUUUUUUUGUCCAAUGUACAGAGUUUUCAAGUGUAGAAAUGAAAGGGACGGUAGGUAUAAAUCAUAGUUGUUAAACUUUGUAUUUUAUUCAGCGGCUUCUACACAUAGCAGUUAUUUCAGCUCAACAAGAGAAUCUUACGGCGUAAACGCAAUCGGCUAUGUCCAAAUUAAAAGAGAUGGAGAAUUAUGUACAGUAAAAAGUCGAGUUACUCCGGAGCAUAAAGUACGUAAAUAAAGUUAUCGUGUUACAGUUAUUUUAAAUGAAACGCAAAGCUUGGUUCAGUUCUGCCAAUGUGAAGAUUGUGCCACACAUUUUAAACUUUAUCCAAUUUUUGACGUCAUUCUCCAACUGUAAAAUUAAAAAUAUGUUAUAGACAGGUUUUGUAAAUAUUAGGUAGGUUACUAACGCGUUUUUACGUACAAACAGAUUCAUUAAGCAUAUAACAAAUAUAUUCGCCGACUUACGUCAAAGUGAUCUUCACAGCAUCGAAUAAUGGUCUUUGGACAAUAAUUGUCAUUUCUCUUCGCAGCUUGAAACCACUUUUUUCUCAAUUUUGGGUCAGUUAAAUUAAUUCAAUCAAAAGUCAAAAACAAUUUAUUUGGAUACUUUGUUGAAGUAGAUGGACACAUUGGCACAAAAUAUGAGUCAACACGGCUUUUUUUCGGAAUAUUAGUGGUAUUGUUAUGAUCACCUGAUGUUGAUGGAUAGUCCAUUUAAAAUUUUUACAAAAACAUAUCUCGAAAGUCGAAAAAAUAUGCAAAAGUAUGAAAAUUGAAAGCCAGCGACGAACAAGUACGACCAGUGACAGACAGGAGUGACGUCAUCGGAACCAUAGGUCCGUUUUCGCGCGAAAAUUUAAACUGUCAAUUUAAAAGCGCAUUUUUGCCGAUAAAUUGCAAUGUUUUAAUUUUUUAAUAUAUCGGUUUAUUCUACAUGGAAUUGUUUAAAAUGAAAAUAAAAAUAUUGCAUCUUCCCUAUUGUCAAUCACGUUCUAUAAAAUGGGUUUCCAGGAUUAAUACCGUUGCAGCACACAUUUACAAACGCUUUUAUUUAUCUUGCAAUGCAUGUUCGGGUUUUUGCAUCUAACACUCAACCGAUUAAAGUGAAAUUUAGGAAACAAGUUAGUUUGGAUAACAAUGAAUGGUUAGCUAAAUGAUGUAUAUGUGAAUGACGAGGUAAGGGAAGAUGAACAUCCCAGGCAAAGCGGAUACCCUCCAUUAUUACAAAACGGUGCUCCUAAGAACGUUCCCGUCGCGGCACGAGGUGCUACUCGCUGCCUUUAAUCAUAAACAAAUAGAACUAGCGCGAGAUCAGAUGUCGAUUGCAAAAAAAUAAUAAAAACACUAAACUUAAUUUUGCAUAUGACAUUUUCAAGAUACGUUAUUCUGUAAUAACUGAAAUCUAUAACUACUGUCUUGGACAGAUUCUCUAAAAAAAGUACAUGUUGUUUAGCAGAAAUACUGUUAGUUUUAAUGGGACUCUGUUUCUAGAUCUGGUUUUAGACGUUUGGUUAAAUUCAAAAAGUACCCGCUAGGACAAAGUAAACACGGGCUGGAAAUUUUACGCGCUAUUUUUGUGAAGACGAUUAAAUAGAAAUCAACGAACAGUCUGUCGAUGAGAGGCUCCAAUUUAAUUCCUUCAAGUAAUGGAGUCACGAGAAAUGCACGGCUUGCGAGGUAAUGAAAUAUUUCUUUGUGACAAUUUGCACCUAUGACUAAUUAAUUAUGUUUUUUAUUAGUGCGUCCUUUAUAUAUUUAUAUUUUAAUAUUUUUCGGCGAUCGAUCCUUAAUUAGCCGUAUUUCACUUUGAUCUAUGAGCCUAUUCACUUUGCCCGGUGGAUUGGGCAAAACGGACAGUGGUACCAAUUUUAAAGGGAUCAACAAAUUUUAACUAAACUACUGAUGUUAUGUGAUGUCUGUUGAUUAUAUUAUAAAAUAUAUUAAGUACUCUUCCAAAUUAAGUCAUUAUAUUUGUCUGUCUGUAACAGCCCCUUUCACAUAGCCCGCCCAAGGGUAAGUAAGAUGCCCACUUUGCCCGGCCUUCCCCUACCCCUACAUAUUGUUCACACCUAAUUUCUUCGUACACGGAUGAAUUGAUUUCCAUUUACUAAAAUUCUUACAAUCCAGACACCUCUUUCGCUCCCUGCGCAUUCAUUGAGCGCUACACUAAUUCGGUGUGCUGGUUAUGAUAAAAAAAACUUUUGACACCACUUUUUUAUGUUGUCUUGGUCGGUAAAUGUUUUCCUCGGAUAUAGUCUGCCAACAUUUCCAAGUUCAUCGACUAAUUCAAACUCUAUCGACGAUCAUCUCUCAUCCAUUCCAUCCAAGUAAUCUAGCCAACUAAACUUGCUUCUUUAAAUUUUUUUGACCUGCUUUGAUAGUAAAAUUAUUAGGUAAGUAGAACACUCCAUUGCCGAUAUGAAAACAUAUUUUAGCAACAUGCCCGGUUCGGAAAUAAAAUGAGCUGGGAAUGCGGCCGAGCAAUAUUGUCAACAUCGCGUCACAACUCUCAACGUAAAUAAAAUACUUUGAAUAUUUACACUCUGAACGAAUGUUCACUGAGGAAUGAGGAAUACAAAUAGUAAAAAUAUCUAACAUAUGCACAGGUGCAAUUUACAUGCGCUUAAAUGCGUUAUUCCUUUUUCCCUUUUCAUAGAAGGCUUUCAACCCAUCUAAUUUUAAGUAUGCAGUCCAGUUGCCAAACUAUGCCUCUGUUUUCGGCAUAGAUGCCAGCUGCCCUCACUCUGCUGACUUAUAUAUCGAAACUGCUAAGUUAACUUAAUAUUCAUGUCACUGUGGUAUGCCAGUGGUAUUGUUUUUUUUUAAAGUUCUUUUUAAACUACUGCUAUUAUAAAAAUCAAACCUGUAUAAAUUAACAAGCUCUAUAAAAACAAAGUAUUGUUUAAACAAAGAGAAUUAAACGUUUGUUCCCGAGUUGUGAUUGCUAACAAUAGAAGCGCAACAAUUUGGAAGCAAAUUAUUGCUGCGAGCCUAGUAUGCGAGUUGUCCGGAAUUUAUUUAUCAACCGCAUACGUUGCGCCAACGCAAUCACGAACUUUAUUUGAAAACUAAGGAAAUUAAUAUACUGGCGGACUAGUAGGUAACUUCAAAGCUAGGUAGCUCGCGUCGAUGGAAACAGUAUUAGAGGAUUUGAGAAUUUCAUUAAAAUAUACAACGCACGGAGUUUGGCUGGCCAGAGGAGAGUGUUGUCAUGCUGAGCGAGGCACAACGAUAUGCAAGCGGCGCAAAAAUUGGGCUUAGUGUAGUUGUGCGAACUAUGUAACAGCACAUAAAAUAUAUUCACAGCUUCACUCCGUUCAUCGCCGCUCGGCUCAAUUUCAGCCACCUACACAGCUUAGCUCUGCACAACACAUCUUCGCGCAGCUUCAAUGGAAACACUUGAGUACGAGUGUUUAAAGAUAAACGCUCCGCUCAGCUGAAAUCUAAGCAGCUCCACUUCUGUGAAAACGCACCCAAACUUACAAACGGAAACACAACACUACACUACAACUUUAUCUCUAUCACUACCUCUCGUCUUUGGAUGGGUGACCAAAAUUUAUAGACCCUUAAACCAUAAGUCUCGCCUGCGACGAAAUCGAGAAUAGCUAACAAUCUCCACUGGCUGAGGAUGGUUUAUGAUAUACUUUGGUCAAAACAUAACCUUUGGUGAAACAAGUUUUGAACGGGUAUAAAUUAGACUUGCAACGAAUUUUCGGUUACUAUUCGGUAUUCGGCCCAUUCGGCUGCUUUUAUUAUAUUAGGCCGAAUAUCUACAUAUUAUUCGGCCGAAUACAGAAUACUUAAAUAAUAUAUUUUGUCAUAGAGAAAUAAUCGGUAAAAUGAAAAAUUAAAAUCGAUUGAUUACGUCAUCAUCAUAUUUUCAUUUCUGUUAUAUGAUCAUUUAAGUAGUCAUUGAUACACAACAUAGGUACAUAAUCAUCUUCUGAAUUAGAAAAAUGGAGGGUUCUAUGUAUUUGAAUUAUUGUGGUAAUCAAAAUUUAGAAGGGUGAGGUUCUCAUUUCUUUUAUAAUCAUUUAUUAAGUAGUCAUUGGUACAUAAAACAGGUACAUAAUUUAAUCAUUUUCUGUAUUAAAAAAGUUAACAGUUUGUAAUUCAUUCAGUCAUUUGAUGAAUGGUUACAUAAUAGCAAUAAUUUAAAGUUUACGCGCUGUUUAUGGCCAUAUCUCAAAAGUUGGUUUUGUCAUUCAGCCGCAUUUUAGCUUGAGGACGGCAGAUUACAUUUAGAACAAAACAAAGGAGCGCGAAACAAUCACGUCUGUAACAAGUUUUUGGCGUUAAAAUCCAGCCGAAUACUUUUGCCUAAUAUUCGGCUAUUCGGUCAAGGGCCUCGCCGAAUAUUCGGUAUUCGGUAUACUGCCGAAAAUAUUAUUCGUUGCAAGUCUAGUAUAAAUGUGUUUUUAAAACAUUUUUACAGUAUUUUAGCUUUGGUACUGUAAGAUCCCGAAUACUUUAAUAAAUGGAAAGAUAACUAUCAAAUUUUUACUGCUGCUCAUGAGUACGGGUGUAUCUUAUAACAAAUGCCUAGAAUAUUUUAUUCAACACUAUAAUUAUAAGCACAUACCAAAAUGUUUGGAAUUCCUUUGCUCCUGAACUAAUGUUAAUGAUUUAAGGAAUGGAAUCCGCCGAUGUGCAGAUUAUAGUAGCUAGGCUAGCAUCCUUGUAAAGGGUUCUCUAUGAAAAGAUAUAUCAGCUCCGUCAAUAUUGAUUGUUGGCAACGUGUCGAUAGAUUAAGCAGCUAAGUCCGUAUCGAGGGAGGCACGAGAACUCUCAUGUUACACACAAAACGUAUACGGUCCAUUCAUCCGUGUAACGAGAGAAUUAUUUCCUAUUGCAGUAAGUGGAACGUGUGUAUACGGUGGUCAGGCACGUCGUAUGACAGGCGUUUUUGUUGCGUUGCUAAUAAGGUUGAGAAUGGCUAAACAGUUUACGGUUGACCAGUCACAUGGAGGCAAGUGAACUUGCCAAGUUGAUAAUUAAACGAAAAAAGAAUUAUUUUCUAAAAAUAUUUAAAGCCUAAUACGAUGUAAUUGUUAUUUAAUAAUUAUUCUGUAACAAAUUAAGCUAGAAUUGUUCAAUGAUUUUAGUGGAAUUUCUAUAUACACUUCUGGACACAUCUAUUGGCCCACCUUAGGGUUUAGAUUUCGAUGGCCCCUACCGAAAUAUGAUUGCUAGAUUGAACAAAAACUGUUGAUGCAGUUUUAAACCUGAUACAUUUUACCAUCUUUUUCGAUCGUAUUGUUUUAAAUUUGAAUUCAGAAUACCAUACGACAUGGAGCUACGCCUAACAAGUCGGUUAUGCGCCUUGUUAAAGACAAUUGAUUUUUGAAUAAAAAACAUGGUUUAUCAAAUAAAGGUUUAAUUUAAUAACGCGUGUUGCCUCCAUGGGCAUCUACCACAGCUCUCAUACGAUUAGGCAUAGAGUUUAUCAACCGCUCUAUGAAAUUUUGAGGGAUCAUCUCCCAUUCCUCUUCUAUGGCAGUUUUCAACUCCUGCAUCGUCUGGGCAACUGGCUGACGAGCCCUAACACGUCUUUUUAGCUCGUCCCACACGUGCUCAACCUAAUAUAAAAUUUUAGCUAGGACCAACCGAAACUUAAAAUACAAGGUGGGCCAAUAGAUGUGUCCAGAAGUGUAUAAAGCACAAUGCACAUAUGUUAUUUGAACUAACUAACUAGCCAAUUAAAUACUUUUUACAUCAAAAUAAUUAUUUUACUGCAAAUAAAACAUUUAAAUGCCAAUUAAAUACUUUUUACAUCAAAAUAAUUAUUUUACUGCAAAUAAAACAUUUGUUGAACAAUACUAGUGCUAAAAUUUAUUCAAAAAUAUACAUCUAAUUUGUAGUGCAUUUUUUCCUCUAGUGCUCGACAAAAAACUUGUUUAAUUGUACAGAAAUAUGAUUUUCAUAUCAAAUAUACUGAUUGCACUGCAAAUAUACCGAUUGCACAGAAAACUUACCAGGGCUUCGACGCAUAAUACUCACACUCAUAACAAAACAACUAUUUUUGCAACAGGUUUCCCAUUAAGCAUUUCAAAAUUUGCUCAACAUUGGGACACUUUUGAUGGUUAUAAAAAAUGCUUUUGCAUAUUGGACAGUUGUUUUGCCCACGUAAAGAAGUGCCUGGAUGGAUGGUAAAUGUACCAACCCCCAUUUUUCAAAAACUAUAAAUGCACAUUAUAUCAAGCAAGGGACUUGCGAUCUGGCUCAAGUAUGUGACUGACAGUGUCGUUAUUGAGGAAUGGGCCAGUAUCCCUCAAGAAGCGCUCUUAGAAUUGGUAAGAUCCGUGAGGGAGCGAAUGAAAGCCGUCUCCGGACAAAGGGGUGUAACAAUAGGUAAGUUUUUUUUUGUGUAAAUAAACUGUUUUUAAUUAAGGCUUAAUUAAGGAUUUUUAUUGUUUUGUAAACUUUACUGCUUUUUUGAACUAUUCCAAUAAAAAUAAAAAUUAAUUGAAUUGUUUUUAAGUUUAUUUAAUAAGCUUUCAAAUGGCACCAAUAUUGGUGGGGGAAAAUGCGUGUGUUAAGGGUUAUAAUAACGCUUGAAAGUUAUAUUCGCGGGUGUGCGACUUUUUUUACGCUAAGUGUAGUUUAUUAACUAGUCAUUUACACAGCAAAGUACAUACCUACGCAUAAUGCACGCAAGAUAAAAACAUAUUAAAAGAUUUUUCAAUCAAUUCAAUUCAACAAUGAAAGUAAAAAUAAUUAAUAUACAAAUGGGGUCGUUAAAGUGGAUUACGAAGAAGAAUGAGAAUUUGUGUUAGAAAUAGAGGCGGCCAUAUAAAACCUGAAUAUUAUUUAAUUGAUAAUACUCAAAUAAGUUAUCAUGUUUUUAAUUUACAAAAAUGGUAUUCUAUUUAGUUUUGAACAUUUAGAGCGUGCGCUGCGUUAAGCAGGAGCACGGAGCUGACGUCCUCGCUGCGUAAAGUUUUUAUGUCAUUUCAUAAAACAGCGCUGCGCGGGAGACCCGCCUCACGCUGCACUGCUCCAAAAUUAGUGGAAAAACUGGUACUUUUAAGAGCAAAAUCAAACCCAUUUUUUUUAAACCGGGUAACUUUUCGACAGUUGGUCAUAGGAUCAAAUCUAUCAGCAUUGGCCCAAAUUAUAAUGUCAAUGUUAUAUAGGCAGACCGUUCUUGAAUCUGCCCUGUUAGCCACCGACGUAGAAUAUUUUAUUGCUUGCACGAAAAAGCAGUCGUCGCUAUUCUGCGUUUUUUUUCGCUCCCUUUCCAACAAUAUCAAGACAAAAAUAACAUCUAAUUAUAAUGGAACUAAUCAGUAACUCAUCACUGGUAUGAGUAAGCAACUGAAUCUUUCCCCAUCCCAACUCAUUGCUGGGAGUUACACAUUAAAGAAAUAUAGAUAAGUCGGCUCGAUUUGGAGAAUUUAGUUAAAUUCGACAAAUGUUAAAUAAUGUCCGACAGCCAAUGUCAUGAUAAAGAUAUAAAAUGUAAAAUAAACAUCCGGACACUAAGUGCUCGUACACACAAAAGGCCGCGGUUCACAGCUCACGAGGCUCGUGGUUUGGCGAGCAUGUACGGUAGAAGAGUACUCGUAGAUAGGAAUUAUUAAUGGCUCGAUUGAACCUCGAGCAUUCUACUGUGUACUAUUUCCGUUACAAUUCUAUAGUAUAGGUCUAGCACAGGUUUCGCCUAGGCGGCGGCUACUUGUCCGCAGGCUCAGAUUAAGCAAGCUACCUCUCUAGUGAAGCUGUUGGGAGCAUUGGGAACAACAUAAUAUUAAUAAACCAAGGUAUUAAGGUGUUUGUACCUUAAAAAGAAAAAAUGGAUUCUUUGGACACAAACAGCUCCAUAACUACAGGACCGAAUGCUUUAAAAUUUGGUCAGUCCAAAAGCAGGAUUUGUAACGUAAAUAAAUUAAAACGAGCGAGCUCUGGGGCCCAAAUUAGAAAAUUGAAAAGAAUAUUGCAUACAAAUGUGCGUAUAAAGUUAAAUAAAAAAGGGUGCGUGUAAGAAUAUGUAUUUUUUCCAAGCUCGGCACUAUACAUAUUUUAUUUUAGGCUUCUGUACCUGUAAAGGAGAAAACAGAACCCUUGUAACCCCUAUUUGUUGUCCGUCCGUCUGUCUGUCUUACAAGACCCUUUACCACGGGAAAGUUUGUUCAGUUUUUUAAAGAUGCCUUUGAUGUAAGUAGUUGCCAGCGGAAGAAAAUGGGUGCUCCAUGGCACAGUAGAUUGUGCGUCCGUGCGGUCUGCGAUUAUGGAAGUUAUACAACUUUGACAAUGGUUCUUUAUAGGAUGAGUGACCAAAAAUUUACUAUCUCUAGCUGUUCUGAGCUUGGCGAGCAACGGAGGUGAAAAAAAACCGUUAGGGCGCUUGUUAAAAAGACAAUUUCAACCCGGGUCUAAGUACGGUUUUAAACCGUCUCUACGUCUGAUUGUCAGUUAAGUGUGAGAUAAUGGAGGUUUGUUAACGACACCGGCGCUAGCGACGGUUUGGGGUGGGUACAAACGUAUUAACCGUGCUCCUGAACAAGCUUAGCCGACACCGAUCCGGGUACAAAACUGUUCGGGCGCAAGCUGAGAGAUAUUUAAGAAAUAGGUACAUAUUUGCAAAAACUAUUGCUGUCGCGCAUUGGUAAAUACCGUGGGAUAGGGACAACAGUAGCUUACGCUGAAAAUUAUUUAUAAAAAUGGCAAAAUUCGAGUAUUGGCUUUCGACGUUUUCCUCCUCGAAAAUUAGAUAUAUGUAACAGAAAUGUUACCCAUAGAAUAAUAAGUAGUUUUUUACUAGGCCUUAAUUGUUUUGUAUUUUUUUUUUUUUUGUUAAUGCUUAUUGAAUCUCCAAACCAGAAGCCUUUAGUGGUGCUAAAAAUUCGUUUAUUUUGGCAUUUUUGAGGGCUUCUUGUUUCUUCGAAACACAAGUUAUCGAAAAAAGAAAGACAUAGGAGCAAUAAUGAGUAAAGUUAUAUUUUAUGCAUUAAAAUAUUAACUCAUAGAAAUUUCAAUAAAACGAAACGAUCACAAAACCGUUCAGCGUACACUCAGCAUUGAUGAUACGCAAUAUAAUAACAGGAGUAACGUUUGUUUCAAUCAGAUAAUAAUUAUGAAGUUAAAUGUUUACUCUUCGCUUCACGGUGACCGGAACCACGGCCGCUGAUGGAAAAUAAAACUGUAGUUAGGGUUGGUUUUUAGCCAGACAACUUAAAAAGAUUGAAAAUAAUAUAAAAUUCGUAUAAAUCCAAACCCAAAUAUGGCAUUACAUUUAAGAACAUUGAAAAAUGCGAGGGUAUCUUUUUAUUAAAAAAAAAGUCAAUGUCUGUUGUAGCCUAUGCGUGAACUGCGGAAGUUUAAAAAACCAUAAUUGUGUAGAAUAAUAAUAUUUAUACAAUUAUGAACUUAUUGAAAAAGUACUUUGUUGUCUCAUAAAUGAAGAAAUAAUAUUUUGUACUGGGCACCUUAAGGAAGGGAAAACUGUGUGUAAUUACGAAUUCCUAAAAAGAAUAAAUAAAAACACAAUUUUUACGCAUUAUAUUAAUCUUAAGAAAAUUGUACUAAAUUUUUACUUGUGUUUCCAGUAAGCGCGCUAUAAUGUUGAAAAGUUUUUGACAAACAAUAUGGGUCGACGGGAUUAUGUCUUUUGUUGGUUUUUGCUUUCAGUUAGGCAUUUAAAAGUUGUAUUUGUUUGGAUUCAUGAGCUCAAAGGAUUUGAAAGGAAGAAACGAAUUUCUUUCUUUGUUAAAUUUUAAUGGCUGUUAUGCUAAUAAACGGCAAAUCAUAUUUUUAGAGCAUACAGACGUACUCGACUUCGUUCAUUUACACUUAGUCGUUUACCUGAAUUCCAUUGGCAGUCGUAUUCGGGCUACCGACCAAAUGUAAUCGUGUUAUAUGAGUCGAACGACAUACAACGUAUCUUGAGCUGCAAAGGGUUUCCUAAAGAGUAGCUUGCGCGUCGUGUGAAUAGUUUAUAGAAAUUCUACAAAACGCAAUGAAAGCGAAUAACUCGACGCAAGCAGCUGUAAUACUAAAGAAUUUAUUUAAAUAGAGCACAUAUGAUUUCAAAUAUGAAAUAGUAUUAAAAUUGCCCUGACUCGCCCUCCGGAAGUACAGUUCAAAUUUGUAGGUACGCAACCGGAUCAUGUUUUACCUUAACUUAGAAGUUGAUUUUUCGCAGCUUCAGGGGUUUGUAGACCUAAGUAUAUGUUUUAAUUUAUAUAGGGUCAAGACAGACAGGCGGAAAACGGACAGACAAAGUGAUCCUAUAAUAGUUCCGUUUUUUUUUUCUUUUUUAGGUACGGAACCCUAACGUUACAAAAAGUUUUCUUACUAGAUAUUCGCACAAUACAAGUUCAUACGUAUAAUUCACACGCAACAAGUGGGUUCAAAUAAGUAAACAUGUGUAAUGUAUACAAGAUGCGUUGCAUCGCAUAUGCGGAGUGGCUCGACCACAAAACAAGAUAUUAAUUAACCCUAGACUAUGAUCGUCGGACACCGAUUGACAGAGGAAUAAUAGAGAUGUCAGUUCCACUUUCAGUUGCAAAUCGAAAUUUCAGCUUGCUUUGCUUUGCUGUCAACCAUUUUGACUUUGCCAAGCAAACAUUUUGGAUAGACGUUAUUCAGGUGGAUGUGAUGUGAUGUAUUAGUGAAGACUAAUUCUUUUUCUUAGUCCAUCAGGCAGAUUAUUAAAUAGUAUUGAACACGUAUUUUCUUUAUCCACAUAAUCAAAACAUUACAAAGAUAUGUUGAUUUAAAAUAUGGCAUGACGUCACGUUUGGGUACAAUUUUUACUUAAAAGUGACCCUCACUCCCAAACUUUGACACGCUUUAUCUUUGUCAUUUUUCGGUUGAUUGACAUAAGAAAAAAUACGUGUCAAUUAUUUUUUGAUAAUAAUCUAACUAAAUAGAAAUUCGUUUACUUAACCCCGCUAUCAUCUCUUGUCCAUCAUCGUUUGUUCUUCUUACUGACAGCCCUGGAUAAUGGUUUGCACCGGUUGAGUAACGAGGCGCGGUCUUUUGAAUACAAAAAAAAUACGAGAGCUCCAGCGAUUUAAUUAUUAUCAUUUACCGCGUACUACAAUAUGCACGAGAUGCAAUAAAUCAAUCUUUAAUAACACCAAUGUAUGAAAUAAGUUAAUUAAAGAAAAUCGUAACUAUGGUUCGAAUCAUUAAUUAAUAAAAUAUCGGUUCAACCAAACAUUUGGUCCACUACUAGUCGUUUCCAUAAUUGAAUAAAACAAUUGCACUAAAAUAUGUGAUAUUCUUCUAGUCGUAGUUCUAGUCGUACGGCUGACAUGAUGAUGAUGUAACAUUCUAAUAGUAUAAGAAUUUUGUGAGUUUUAACCUACGUUGAAAACAAAAAAUACAUAUUAUCUUUGUAUUAUUAGUAAAGAUACCUACAUUGGACUAUUUCUACGUAUUUUAAUGUAUCAACGGCUAUCACUCACCCAUAAACAAGACAUAUUAUUUUUUACAUAAGAAUAAUAGGUACAUUAAAUUACGUUCCAUUAAAUCACAAUCACUAGACUGUUAAAAUCUGAAAAUUCAAGUAUUAUCCAGAUCUUUUCAUAUUAGCGAGCUGUGUCCCUUUCAAAUAGAUUUCUUAAAAAGCAUUUCAGAGACCGAGCGUCAAAACAGUAUAAAAAAGUUAUUAUAAUUACGUAAAACUUACUUACUUUUUUUACUUUUUUCACAUUUUUAGCACUAGUAGUAGUAGAUUACAUCAAUUUACGCCUUUUUAUGACCACUUAACUUCAUUAAUUAACUUUUAGACCGCUUUCAAUACCAAAACUAUUCAUUACAAUAAUAAUUAACUUUCAUAAUUUAUUUUAACGAAAUGUUAUUUAACACUUUCGAUAAAAUAAAAAAAUAAUUUGAGCCGCUUUAUUCAAUGGUGAUAUAACACUGUUAUUUAGUCAAUGUACGAAAUAUUCAUAAAAGUCGAUUAUUUGGUUGUUGCAUAUUACUGAAACGUAUAACGGUCGAAUAUUGAACAGCCAAUUUAUGAAAACCGUUGAUCAAAUAAUAACUUUAUUUUUCUAAGCCUAAUUCCAAGAAGUCAUUUUUUUAAAGUCACAUUUAGUCAUAUUGUCAAGCCCGCUCAAGUAAUUCUCUACUUUCCAUUGAAUCUUAUUCACUAACAAAAACACAAAGGUAUUGUUGUUUUACUGUGGCUUCUUCCCCCAACGGGUGUUCCAAGCUCAAACGGAAAAUCCGAGGCGCAUUACCUCUUUUAUUUUAAAGAAAAACGAAAAGAAAAUAACUUUGCUGAGAUCGACCGUUAAUUAAACAAGUAGAACCAGUCUACGAAUAUUUAAGAAAGUGAGUAGUAUAAGCGAACAUUUAUUUAUAAAUAAAACAUUAUUGAUAAUGUGUGAUAAAUAAUAAAAUAUAUUUUAAUGACAUACAAUUAAUUUUAUUAUCAUAGGGAUUUAUUAUUAUUUGAUCGCCACGGCGGACGUAACGAGAACUAAAAAUCAGUUACACAUGUGACAAUGAC